GGUAAUAUAUCAAACGAGGCAUCAAAGGGGGCAACAGAGAAGGGCAGGAGGAAAACAAGCAUCGGCUGUGACAGCCCAAGUCCACCACAGCCUCGCAUGUCAGACCACACUCGUCGAUGCAAAUUCAAAGAGAGUGGCAUCGCAUGGGGCCUCGCAGCCGCACCGAAGACGGAAAGAUCCCAAGUCACAUUCAUGCACUACCCCAAUGGCACAAACAGUCAAUUGGGGCGUUCCAUGAAAUGCACGGAAUGAAGACCGUCGUCGAAUUCUCCAGUCGGGAACGUUCCCUAUCCAAACAAAUUCCCAGAGAAAAGCGACCGUCGGACAGUGCCCAGUGUUUCGACUUUGCUGGGCAAAUACGCGACACCGAACCACGACAUGCGUGCACCAUCCACCGCCAAGGGAUGUAGGCUCUGUCGCCGCGCCACCCAACCUCGGGGUUUAAUUUUACCAGCGAUGGGCUUCAAUCU